UUGUUUCGAAGUAAUGUCCGUCGAUCUGAGUAUUCUUGCUAGAGGUAUCCCUUUAGAUCCUCUUCCUGAGCUGAAGCCUUUAAAUCCCAAUGUGCCUCACGCUCCUAAGAGACCCGUGGUGCUCAACAAGGAAGAGUUCGUUAGAGCUGUACAGAAUGCUCUUCGAUACUUCCCUAAGAAAUAUCACGCUAUUUUGGGUCCUGAGUUUGCUGAGGAGCUGAAGACGUAUGGUCACAUUUACAUGUAUCGUUUCUACCCUACCGAGUACGAGAUGAAGGCGUACCCCCUGAGCAUGUAUCCUGCCAAGUGCCAGCAAGCUGCUUGCAUCCAGCUCAUGAUCAUGAACAACCUUGAUGCCCGCGUGGCUCAGUUCCCUCAGGAGCUGGUGACCUACGGAGGAAACGGUUCCGUGUUCUCCAACUGGGCGCAGUACCACCAGAUCAUGUACUAUUUGAGCCACAUGACGGAGGAGCAGACUCUGUCGAUGUACUCGGGCCACCCGAUGGGUCUGUUCCCCUCUCACCCGGACGCUCCGCGUAUGGUGAUCACGAACGGCAUGGUGAUUCCGAACUACAGCAGCCAGGCGGACUACGAGCGCAUGUACGCGCAGGGCGUGACGAUCUACGGCCAGAUGACGGCGGGUUCGUACUGCUACAUCGGUCCGCAGGGCAUCGUGCACGGCACGACGAUCACGGUGCUGAACGCGGGUCGUAAAUACCUGGGCGUGAACGACAUGCACGGCAAGGUCUACGUCACCUCGGGUCUGGGCGGCAUGUCCGGCGCGCAGGGCAAGGCCUCGCUGAUCGCCGGAGCGAUCGGCGUGAUCGCGGAGAUCGACCCUGCGGCGCUGGAGAAGCGCUUCAAGCAGGGCUGGAUCAGCGAGAAGGUCACGGACCUGGACACCUGCAUCGCGCGCCUGAAGCGCGCGCGCGAGGAGAAGAAGCCGCUGGCGAUCGGCUUCCUGGGCAACGUGGUGGACCUGUGGGAGCGCCUGGCGGAGGAAGAGGAGCUGCUGGUGGAGCUGGGCUCGGACCAGACCUCGCUGCACAACCCCUGGAUGGGCGGCUACUACCCGGUGCAGCUCUCCUUCGAGGAGAGUCGUCGCAUGAUGCGCGAGGACCCCGUCAAGUUCAAGGAGCUGGUGCAGGAGUCGCUGCGUCGCCAGGUGGCCGCGAUCAACAAGCUGACGGCGCGCGGCAUGUACUUCUGGGACUACGGCAACAGCUUCCUCCUGGAGGCCUCGCGCGCGGGCGCCGACAUCCUGGCCAAGCCCGGCGAGAAGACCUACGGCGUGGGCGGCUUCCGCUACCCGUCCUACGUGCAGGACAUCAUGGGCGACAUCUUCUCUCUGGGCUUCGGACCGUUCCGCUGGGUGUGCACGAGCGGUCUGGAGAGCGAUCUGGCGAAGACGGACGAGAUCGCCACCAAGAUCUUCAAGGACUACAUCGCCUCGCAGCCGCCAGCCCCCGUGGCCUCGCAGCUGGAGGACAAUCUGCGCUGGAUCGAGCAGGCCGGCGAGAACAAGCUGGUGGUGGGCUCGCAGGCGCGUAUUCUGUACGCGGACUGCUACGCGCGAACCACGAUCGCCCGUGCGUUCAACGAGGCGGUGGCUCGCGGCGAGCUGACGGCGCCGGUGGUGAUCUCGCGCGAUCAUCACGACGUCUCGGGAACCGACUCGCCGUUCCGCGAGACCUCGAACAUCCAGGACGGAUCGGCGUACUGCGCGGACAUGGCCGUGCAGAACUGCAUCGGAGACGCCCUGCGCGGAGCGACCUGGGUGGCGCUGCACAACGGAGGCGGCGUCGGCUGGGGAGAAGUCAUCAACGGAGGCUUCGGAAUGGUGCUGGACGGAAGAAAGACGACGCAGAUCCGCCUGGAGAGAAUGCUGUUCUGGGAUGUGAACAAUGGAGUCGCGCGCCGUGCGUGGGCUGGAAACGAGAAUGCUCGCCUGGCUCUGGAUAUUGCUCGUGAAAACGAGUGCAGAUAUGAGUGGACGGAUGCCCACUGGGCUUCGGAGGAAACCUUGAAGGACAUUGAAAAGUUGUACUGCAUUGUUUGUUGGAAAUGCGAAGCGGAGCGAGGGGUGUUUCGAGUCGGAUGGCUGGUUGUUCGAAUCGGACGACUGGGUAUUCGGAUGGACGAUUGGCUGCUCGAGUUGGGUGGAAAAGGACUCGGAAUAAAAGCGAAACACAACGAAUUGGGUCGUGGCUUCAUUGGCAUGAUCACCUUUACAAUCGCUCAUUCGCUGCUCUUCAUCUUAAGCCGUUCAGAUACACGGCUCGCUAUUCGAAUAGUGAUAAUAAUGGGUGUUUAUUUGUGUUCCAAAAGUUAUCGAUAUGCCCUUGGUCUAGAAACCAUGUACUGCGCUUCUCAUGAAUAUGGAAAGAGGAGCGUGACAUCCAGAAACAUUGUUCUAAAAUCUGGAGUAUUUUUGGCAUUGUGA